GGCAUGGUUGGGAUACACAUGUAGAAAUGUUAUCCCACUCGCACUCCCAAUUCAUAAAUCUUCGCUUUUCGCAACUCCCUCACCAGCCCCUUUCUCUCCUUCACAUUAAUCUUGCUCCGAACCUCACAUACAAACCCCAACACGAACCUCCGGUUCGGAUCCUAAUCCCUCUCAUGGGAACCGAGAGUUACACAUACCUAGGACGCAAUUUCAGCCAACUCAGCAUCAACGACGCUUCCUCUUCCUCCGCCUUCAGCGACUGCAACAGUGACAGAUCUGGCGAAUUCGCCACCGCUUCUUCGCAAACGCGCCGCUUCCUCAUCACCUGCGCCACCGAAAACUCCGACGAUUUGAUCCGUCAACUCGUCGCCGAUCUCCACUCCGCCUCACUCGACGAUCAGAAACAAGCCGCCAUGGAAAUCAGGUUGCUCGCCAAGAACAAGCCGGAGAAUCGAGUCAAAAUCGCCAAAGCCGGCGCAAUCAAACCGCUGAUUUCACUCAUUUCGUCGCCGGACCUCCAGCUCCAGGAAUACGGCGUCACCGCGAUUUUGAAUCUCUCGCUCUGCGACGAGAACAAGGAGGCAAUCGCCUCCGCAGGCGCGAUUAAGCCGCUGGUUCGCGCGCUGAGCACGGGAACCGCGACGGCAAAGGAGAACGCGGCGUGCGCGCUGCUGCGGCUGUCGCAGGUGGAGGAGAACAAGGCGGCGAUUGGGCGGUCCGGCGCGAUUCCGCCGCUGGUGAGCCUUCUGGCUAGCGGCGGGUUCCGCGCGAAGAAGGACGCGUCGACGGCGCUGUACUCGCUGUGCACGGUGAAGGAGAACAAGCUUAGGGCGGUGAAGGCGGGGAUCAUGAAGGUGCUGGUGGAGUUGAUGGCGGACUUCGAGUCGAACAUGGUGGACAAGUCGGCGUACGUGGUGAGCGUGCUGGUGACGGUGCCGGAGGCGAGGGCGGCGCUGGUGGAGGAAGGCGGCGUGCCGGUGCUGGUUGAGAUCGUUGAGGUCGGAACUCAGAGGCAGAAGGAAAUCGCGGUUGUUAUUCUAUUGCAGGUGUGCGAAGAUAGCUUGGCGUGUCGCUCUAGGGUGGCUCGCGAAGGUGCGAUUCCUCCUUUGGUGGCUUUGUCUCAGUCCGGCACCAAUCGCGCCAAGCAAAAGGCGGAGAAAUUAAUUGAGCUUCUGCGGCAACCAAGAUCCAGCAACGGCGGUGGUGGUGGUCUUGCGUCAGAAGUGGCGGUGUAAACUCUGGCAGUCAUUUAUUCGCCGUGGAAACAAACACCGCAAAGUAAAAUUGUGAAUUGGUUAAAACACAACGAGCGUCCUUCCAAGAGAGACGGAGAGUUAAUUAAACUCUGUAAAUAUCUUCGAGAAGCUUUGUAAAGUUUGUGGCACAAAUGAUACGAGUUUGAGGUUGGUUUGGUUUUUGGGCUAUGCAAAAUAAUGCACUCCCUCUCAGCACCAUUGGUUAUUUUUCUUCCUUUUUUUUUUUUUCUCGUCAUUAUUUAUAUUUUGUUGCUGUGAAGGUGAGGGCUGAUGCUAUAGCUUUUGGGCCCGCAACUAUUUAUGUAAUUAUUGGCGUUAUAAGUGUGGUACUAGUUUAUUUGGCCUUAAAA